AUGUCCGCUCGAGCCAGAAAACAAAAAGCUGCGGAGUCUGAGAAAAACGAAAGUAGUCCGACAUCGUUCUCUCGAUCCGUUACGAUUGAACGCAGCCAUACAUCAUCAAGUGGAAGUCCUCGCAAAAGUUAUUCUCGCAGUGAAAGAUCUAGUAGCCCUUUGACUAUUAGUCGAUCUGAAGAAAAAGAUGAACUUGCCCAUCUGAAUGAUCGCCUUGCGGGAUACAUCGACUACGUUCGAAAACUGGAGCUUGACAAACAAAAGCUUACUAGACGUAUACAGACCGUUACAGAAGAACGAAUGAGUAAAGUUGAGGAAGCCAGGAAAACAUAUGAAGAUGAAAUUACAGCCUUAAGAAAUUUGGUUGAUGAUCUGGCUAAACAAAAGUCAAAAGCCGAGCUAGAUUCCAAGCAAAUGAGAGAUGAGUUGAAUGACGUAAAGAUGAAGGCGAACAAACGAGAUCAAGAGAAUCGUAAUUUACAGAGAAAGAUAGAAAAUCUUGAAAGGGAACUGAGUAAAUAUAAACAAGAUCAUGAUGCUUACCAGCCUCUCCUUAGUGACUACCAUGUUUUAGAAAAACGGUUCGAAGAAAUGAAACGAGACCUUGAGGCCGAGACACUACUUCGGACUGAUUUGGAAAACAAAAUCCUCGGCCUUAAAGAGCAGUUAGAUUUCCGUUCUCGGUUAUUCGAUGAAGAACGUGAAAAGUUAGUUGAACGCAGUUUAUACAUUGAAGAAGAGGUCGAAGGACGCAAACAAGCUGAAUACGAAAGUCGAUUGACAGAGGAGCUAAGAUCAAUUCGAGAUCAAACCGCUUCUGAAUUAGAAGAGUAUAAAAUACAAAUGGAAGAAACGUUUGAGAGCAAACUGGGACAGUUGAAGUCAUCAGCUAAUUUUAGUGCAGAAGAUGCUAGUCGCCAGCGAUCUGAGCUGUUGAUAGCUCGCAAACGUGCUGAUGAACUUUCCCACGAUUUAUCCAAGAAAAUCGCUGAGCUGGAAUUGCUUCAACGACGAGUAGCAGAUCUUGAGCGGCAGUUAACUGAUGAACGGAAAGAUUUCGAAUCGCAACUUCUUUUCCAACGCCAGGAAGUAAACAGAUUAAAAGAAGAAUUGGAAGAAAGUUUCCGUGAAUUUACCGACCUCAUGAAUACAAAAAUUGCGUUAGAUCAAGAAAUAUUGAUGUAUCGAAAAAUGUUAGAGGGUGAAGAAUCAAGACUCAACCUGACACCGGCUCCCCGUGACUCACCGUUCAACAUACCGGUCAAACGCAGGCGUGUAGAUGGAGAUUUUGAGGGUGAUGAGUCGAAUGCCAGUCUAACUGGAGCCAGUUACAGUUCAUCCCGAACAAGAUUUGCCUACCGAGUGUCAUCGACUGCACGUGGACCUGUAGAAUUUUUCAAGGAACAAGAUACCCAUGGCAAGUGGAUCAAAAUACAUAACUCUUCAAAUGAUGAAAUGAGUUUAGGUGGCUGGGAACUUGUUCAUGAAGCUGAUGGUCACGAGACUCGUUUCAAAUUUUCACGAGCUUUCUCCUUAAAACCUGGAGCAUUAUGCACAAUUUGGAGUCAAGAUGCUGAAGGCAAUUCACACAAUCCUCCUGCUGAUUUAACUAUGAAGAAUAAAAGUUUUCAUCCUGGCACUGAUGUCACAAUUCUAUUACUUGAUGCAGAUGGUGAAGAACAAGCCAAAUGCACAGUUAAACGAGAAAAAAUUCGUCCUGGAGUUAAUUUUGAUCGUAAAUCCGGUGUUCGUGCUCAUGAUGAGAAAUGUCAUCUCAUGUGAAAUGUGCUCUAUUGAAGAUAGAUGACCUACAUUAUUCUUUGUUUCCCCUAAUUGUAUUAACUUUCUAAUUAAUAUCAAUUUUAUAACUGCAUUUUACUAAUUCUUUGUUCUUUUGUGCUAACAAAACAAGUUAUAUAGUUUUUUUCUUCUAUAUGCUGUCUGCUUGACUAUUCACUUUAUUUCACUAACGCUUUGUUUAAUAAUGCCAACUGGUCAUACGCUGUUGUUGUACCACGAUAUCUUCGGGAGUAUAUUAUUGCUUUUUGUUUUUAUAUCUAUAUUAACAACAGCAAACAUGUUGCCUUGUCAUAUAUCGCUGCUCCAUUCUACAGUCUUCUUAUCUGCAUGCUAUAUAUAUACGUACACAUGUUAUUUUCACUGUACUGUUCGCUCAUACUGUUGUAUUCAUUGUAUUUUCAUACCUGAUUCAUGCUUAUCAUCAUAUGCACUUAUAUUAUAAACUAAUACAUUCAUUUGUUGUGU